ACAGUCACCUACACUCACCAGAGAGCGGAACGUUGUAAACUCUUCACACCCCUCGGAAUAUUUAGACAACAUGAUGAGGCUCUACUACUCCCUCACGUCACCAAGAGUAGUCUCACUCAUCAUCACUACACUCACCUGCUUACUGUUAGUGAUGUUGGCCCUCCCUGUCUCGACUGAGCUUCUUGAACUCAGCUACACCUACAACAUCGACGCUCCGACCUCUCCUAAAUUGAAGCCCUUCACUUCCACGAUUCUCAAUAAGAGUCUCAACGAGUUGGGUUUCUGGGUGGAGCUGAAUGAGUUUUGUACUUCUGAACACUCAGGAACCCACGUCGACGCCCCUGUCCACUUCUCCAAAGACAGUUGGACCUUAGACGCCAUACCCUUGGACAGGCUGUGGAGGGUACCAGGUGUGGUGAUCGACGUCUCGGAGGCCAUACGGGUGUCCGGGGAGAGGAACUAUGGCAUAAAAGCGAAGGACUUGGAGGCUUGGGAGGAAGACCAUGGCACCAUUCCUGACGGUGUGGUGGUACUCAUCCGUACAGGCUGGGGCAAGAAGAGCCAGAAUCUCGGGCAGUACUCAGGACUCGAUCUGAAGAAGAGGAAUAAUUUCCCAGGUCUGAGUGAGGAGGCGGCGACUUGGCUUGCUACCCACGGAUCAAGACACGGACACAGCAGGGGCGUGAUGGGCGUGGGGGUGGAUACUAUCUCCGUGGACGUGGGCAAUUCGACCCAUUAUCUCGCCCACAGAGCCAUGUACUCACGAAACGUCUACGGGAUGGAGAACUUGGCUAACUUGGACAAGCUUCCUCCUUCCGGGUUCCUCCUCACCAUCUUACCCAUGAAGAUCGGUGGAGGGAGCGGCGGCCCUGCUAGGAUCAUCGCCGAGGUACCUGUAGGAGUGCCCAGCUCCAUUGUGGACACUGCUGGGUCCUCGUGUUUGUCUUCUUGUCUCUCCCUUCCCUUCGUUCUCCUUCUGGCUCGUAUGAUGAUGUCGGGGCUUCAAAGGCUUUAAAAAUAUAUUUGGAACCUCAUUAGAUAUUGGAGGAUGUAUGCCUUUGACUUGUAAGAUAUAUAUUUUUUUUUAAUCUAAAGCAAGCAAGUUCUGUGUACGCCGGUAGUGUGCUGACCACAUAUUAGAAGUGAGAAGUCCAACUGUGAAGACUACUGUGAACAGUCUUGUGAAGAAUUACAGUUUAUUAAAGAAGACUACAGUGCA